CUUGUAGUCGUCUUCAUGGCCGCAGCCAUCAAGGGCAAACAGCGGAUCAUGUUAUCAAAGACUCUCACCAUUGGGGGCGCUACAACACCAGCUGUUCUUGCGCGGCUGGGACUUUGGAUUUUCGCAAUCGGAGCCAUCAUUCACAAUGGGUACGCUCUCAAGGAUGGCGACUGCUUGCGCUCGGACUCGGCCUCGUACUUCCAGCUCUCACCCGGGGGCUACGACCCGACCAAAGGCAUGGACGGCGCCCGCUGCCAGAACCUGUGCGCCUCCAUAUCGGCGCCCUACUCGGGCAUCCAGUCCAACCGCUACUGUCUCUGCUCCGACGACCCAUUCGCGGAGCGACUGACGGCCACCAAGAAGGACGUGUGCGACAAGGGCGAGCAGCUGUCGACACGCUUCUUCCACUCGGACCUCUUCUCGCCCGUCGAGGGACUCCGUGUGAUGCCUUCCUCGUCGGUGGUGGACGUCGGCGAGGAAGUCACUCUGCACCUGGCUGUCAAGUCCGGUCGCAAUGCCACCGUGCUCUUCAACUUCGGCGACGGACUUCCCGGAACGCAGGGUACGCUGAAUACCGAACCCCGCUACAUCUACUGGAGACCCGGCACCUACAAGAUCGUCGCGCUCGCCACUCCCGUCGGUGCCUCGGACCUGUACACGGUUCGAGCAGAGGCCAUGGUGGUGGUGACCACAGCUCCCGACGAGGACUCGGUGCACUGGAACUGCCCCGCGCUGGUGGAGCCUGGGGCCGGUUUUACCUGCCACCUGAGUGUGAGCGCGGGCGCUGACAUGACCGCUGACGUAGACCCUGGUGAUGGUUCACGACGACAGGUCAUGAAACUGCCCGACGUGGUUCCCAUAUUGAUGGGAGAGCCAGUGCCCCAGUUCCAGACGGAGGAGGUUGUGGCGGACGAGGACGACUCUGCCGACUCCGGCGUGCUGCCGAUGGCACGAACCGUGCACUCGGGUCAGAUUGACGUCAUCCACGGAUAUGGAAGCGUCCCUGGAAAGAUGGACAUACUUCUCCUGCGUCCCACAUGUCAGGGUUGCACCUUCCUGGGCAACAACGUCACCUGCCACGAGGGGGCCUCACUAUGCUCGCAGGAAGCCAACUGUCUGCGCAACGACCAGUGUCCCAAGAACCAGGUCUACUCGAUCUACAAGAUGGUCGAAACGAUCUCCAUCAUGGUCAACAAGGGCUACUUCGUGCACCGCCUAUCCAGCCCGGUGCCCAUAGUCGCCGGAGACAUCCUGGGCUUCACAACUUCGGGCGGCCGCUUGGCAUACCGAGCCACCCACAGUGGCGAGCCCUCUGACUUGGUCAAGCGGAAUCAGCUUAAAGGACAGGCCGUCCGCACCGACGACCUGCUGGAGAUGGGACGGCGAUACUUGGUCGGCGCUCUGCUUUCCUCCGCCGUGAACCUCACCUACGACUACCUCUACGUGGAGCCCGGCGCGUACGAGUUCAGGAUCAGCCUGCAAAACAGGCACCACGACACGACCGUACGCAAGAUGGCCGACGUGAGCAGUCAAGAAAAACUGACCAGCUUCCGUCUCGAGGUGUCCCGCAACCAAGUGCCGACGGGGACCGAAGUCGAGAUUACUGCACGCAUGUUUGGUGGGAGUGACGUCACAAUGGUGUGGAACUUCGGCGAUGGUCAAACCACGAAGGAAGUUGUCAAAAGCGUCCUAGCAGGACAGCGUUUCCUGAAGAAGCACAUCUUCAAGGAUCCCGGUACGUACGUGGUGCAGGUGAAUUCGUCCAACCUGCACGGGAACUUCAUCGCCCGCCGAAGUAUCUCUGUCCAGAGACCCGUAACCGAGGCCUGGGAGCUCUUCACGAACUCUCCAGUAAUCCUACCGGAGGCCAUCUACCUGACUCUGACCUACCCCAAAACGGAGAAGCUGCCCACAGACGCCGUGGCGCGAAUAGCGUUUGGCGACCGGCAGAAGACCAAGUGGAAAGUGCCCAGCGAGUCCGCAGAGAAAGUGUCGCAGAAGUUCAGCCACGUCUACCUCCGGCCUGGCUACUACAAUGUCGCCGUCAACAUCUCCAACCUGAUAUCGCACUACGUUCUCACUACCAGGGUGGAAACGGCAACCCGCACCACGGGUCUCGUGACCAAGGUCCAGUUCCAGCCCACGGACGACGCUCCGCUUCGGGUGGGACUCGGCUCGGCCAACGACAUCUUCCCCACCACGCGACCGGUUGUCUUCACGGUAAAGACGGGAACCGGCGUUGUGGAGAUGUUCAUCAUCGAGACUGCCAAGGGCCAACUCCUGGCUAACGGCACGGGCAAGCAACUGAAGUACACGCUCAACUUUCCUGAGCCAGGUCAACACGAUGUAUUUGUGUACGCCUGGAACCACGUCCAACAGAGGACAGAUCCCUUCGUCGUCAGUUUCCGCAGCAUGGAACCCAUCGAAGGACUGGAUGUGUACAUGAAUGAGACUACCCCGAAGGACGAGCACAUCCGCAACUUCAUGGUCACCUUCGACCUGAUGGGCACCGACACGUGCGUGGUGGUGGACUACGGCGACGAGUCGCCCAAGCGCGCCUACGGCUCCCGCUCCCAGUGCUUCACGCGAUACCGGCCCGAGCAGUUCCAGCUCGAAGGGGAGCUCGAGAACCCGCUCUGGCUGCAGAACAUCUACGAGCGAGGCUUCGACUACGUCUUCACCCUGACCGCCUUCAACGACAUCAGCGAGCAGACGAGCGUGCUCAACUUCACGGUCAACAACGAACCGUGCAAGCCGCCCAUCAUCAAGAUCCGCAACCAGGUGCUGGACCCUGCGAACGCUACGAUAUUUUACAGAUUGCGCCCAGUGGAGCUGUAUACCUUCACGUCCGUCGAGUGCAACAUCUCCAUCGACGUGACGCGUGCCUGGGAGGCGUUCCUGCUGAACGAGACGGGCGACCCCGUGCGGCAGAUCGACCUGACCAUGCUCGACUCACGCACAAAGUCCAUGAUCUUCCUUCCCGAAUUCUUCCUCGAAGCCGGGCUCUACAAGCUGCGCUACAACGUCAACAUGAGUGCACCGAGAGCCAAGCCACCUAUGUUCCACAAGCGCUUUGCCGAGACCUACAUAGAAAUGAAGCCAUCGCCACUGCUGCCUCAAAUGUCCAACGGCGCUCAGUCGAGGAUAACCAGAGGCUUUCCUCAAACGCUCACGCUGAAUCCUGGCAACUACUCCAUCAAUCCUGACGACCCGUCUGACAAGAACUUCAGCGUGACGUGGUUCUGCCGCCGCGUUCCCAACGAGGUCAUCAACCGGACCGUGCCGGACGACGAGCAGAACGUGACCGAGCCUCUGUACCACCGAUUGCGCAGCUUAGAAAACAUCACCGCCAAGGGUCACGACUUCGACGUGGCCGGCUUCCUCGCUGCCGAAGACAUGGAGGACCGGGGAGGCUGCUUCGGCACGGGACCAGGCCGGAUCAACAUCAGUGGUGGAGACCUCGAGUGGAGCACCAUAGUGUUCUACAAGCCUAACGCCACCUAUGAAAUACUGGCGAAAUUGGAGAAGCCAGAUCGACCGCCGUCUUGGGGAGCCAUACAACUUGUCCUCAUGGAGAAAGUACCACCUUCCAUCAGCGUCCAGUGCCAGACGGAAAAGCUUUGCUACCCCAACGACCCUAUCGGCCAGAAGAUCAACCCUGUUCGCGUAGGCCUCAUCGGGCUCUGCAUCGAAAACUGUGACGGGGAGAUGAUCUACAGCUGGGAGGUGUUCGGCAGCGACAAUCUCACAGAGGUGUACCUGGAGGAUGCCAGGGACUACCUAGUCGGCGCCACGGAGCAAAAGAUGGCACUGUCGGACGAGUUCUUCAAGGUGUACUACCCAACAUUCGGCGACUUCGUGGCUCGCCUGACUGUUACCAACCAGUGGGGCGUCAGCGGCAUCUCGGACCUGUUCCUGCACAUCAACAAGCCUCCCGAAAACGGCAUUUGCUCCUUCGAGCCGCAGGAAGGACGCGCCCUCAUGGACAAGUUCAAGGCCUCGUGCUCGGAAUGGACCGACCCCGAGGGACUGGACAUUGAAUUUUUUGCCUUCUGGGUGCGCAACGUGGCCAACGGGGCGUUGACCUUCCUGACGUACGGUCCGGACAGCGAAGUCACCCUGGUGCUGCCCUACGGCGAGUUCCAGGUGGGCGCCGACGUCAAGGACAAGGAAGGAGCCACCACGCGCGUCAACAUGACCACCAUAUUGACGUACCUGCCCACCAAGCAAGAUUUCGAGCGGUACCUCGGCGAGCGUUCGCUGGACAACGCGGAUGCCGCCGGGGACCAGGCUCGCAUGAACCAGAUGUCGCAGGCCAUCUCAUCGCUUAUGAACGUCCGCCUGCCCGACGAGCUUGAGAACGAGAUAAACUAUUCAGACCCCUCGGUGCUGGAUCGAGAGCUGGAGGAGCAGGCCCUGCUUCGCGCCAAGAUGGUUCGCUCGGUGUCCUCCAUCAUGAACGUGGACACGCUGAGCAGUCUGGAGCAGGUUGGCAGCGCCCUCACCGCCAUCGCCGGAGACGGAAGUGGCGUCGACAACGAGGGAAAGGAGGUGAUCAUCAAGCUGCUGAAAAAGACCGUGUCCCUCGCCUCCAACCUGAAAGUGGAAGCACCCCAGCAACUUCUCGACUUCUGCAUGUACGCUGUCGGCACCAUGGGAGGCAUCGUGUCGCGCAUGACUCAGCAACUCAUCUCGGGCAUAGUGAUGCCCACCGACCGAGCCAAGGCUGUCAACAUCGAGUACGACACGGAGAUAGCUCUGGAAGGAGAGCCCGAAAAAGAGAGUCUCUUUGAUGGAACGGUUCCUAUGGACGUUGCCCUGGCGAGAGCCGUCGUCCUCAAUGAAAAGAAGCAGGCCGAGCGUCAGAUCAGCACCAUGGUGGAGCUGACGGUGGAUCUGGUGUUGGCCAUCCUUCGGAAUAUCGUCGUCGGAGAGAAGCCCCUGGAGUUUCGCGCUCCCAGUGGUCUCGGCCUCACCAUAUCCAUGUUCAGCGGUGGAGCGCUGAGCGGCCGUGCCAUUCAGCACGGCGACGCUGUGUACAUAUUUCCCGGCAUCUGUGACGUCCUCGCCAGCCGACCAACAUGCGCUGGGAACGAGACACUUGGCGUCAUGGCUGUGUCAUGGCCGUCGAUCCUGCAAUCCUUUGGCGGCAGCGUGGAUGUUCUGUCCGAGGACACGCAGACUCUGCAGUUGGUCGUCCUGGACGAAAACCUGUACCGCGUGGACGUCAGCAACACCACCGACUACUUUGAGAUCAUUGUACCGCGAAAAGGGGCCAAGGAAAACGCAACGGGCCUCCCGGAGCCGACAGAAUUUGCGCCGCAGGUGAAGUGGAACGAGGAGAUGGUGUACCACCAGUUCGUGGUGCCCAAGCCGGACUCCGCCGUCAACAUCGAGAUCACGCCGCAUGAUCCCAGCGCGCAGUUCCUCGUCUACAUCAGACACCGGGUCAAGCCGCAGCUCAACGCGUACGAUCUCAUGGUCAACUUGUCCACCAUACGCAGCGCCAACGGCACGUACGACAUAUUCCUGGACAACGCUCUGAUUGCCAACCGGACUGGCUUCUUCUACCUGGGCCUGGUCCAGCCAAACGGCAGCGUUCCUGAGUUCAGCAUGGACGACCCGGUCAAUCUGACCCUGUCGGAAGUGAGCCGGGAAUUCAGCACAAACUACUCCGUGCGCAUCUACACCUCCGGAUGUUACUUCUUCAACUCCAAGCUGAAGAUGUGGUCGGCCGACGGCUGCUUCGUGGCGAACGCUAACUACGCGGUGACCAAGUGCAAGUGCAACCACCUGACCUCGUUCGGAAGCGGCUUCUUCGUGAUGCCCAACACGAUCGACUUCUCGUACGUGUUCGCCAACGCGGGCUUUGCCGACAACGUCACCAUCUACAUGACCGUCGUGGUCACCAUGCUCGUCUACGUCAUGCUGCUCAUCUGGGCACGCUACGAAGACAAGAAAGACGUCGAGAAGCUCGGAGCACUACCGCUUCAAGACAACGAUCCCAAGGACAAGUACAUUUACGAAAUUGUCGUAUUCACGGGUGACAAGAAAGGAGCAGCUACGGACUCCAACGUGUUUUUCAUUCUUUCCGGCGAUGAUGACGAAACGGAAGUGCGCACUUUCGGCGAACAGAAGCGCAAGAUAUUCCGCAAGGGUGCCGUGGACACGUUCGUCAUGACAGUGCCUCGUCCUCUCGGCCGUUUGAACUACAUGCGCAUCUGGCACGACAACGGUGGCAAGGGCUCGAUGCGCUCCUGGCACCUGCGCUUCAUAUCUGUUCGCGACGUGCAGACCAACGCGCGCUACGACUUCAUCGCCAACAGGUGGUUCGCCGUCGAGAAGGAAGACGGCCUCACUGACCGCCUGCUGCCUGUGGCCGGCAAAGACGAAGCGACCGAGUUCAGCCACCUGUUCCAGCUCAAGUCUCAGAAGAACCUGGCGGACGGCCAUCUCUGGUUCAGCGUCUUCAUGCGUCCGCCCAAGAGCCGCUUCACGCGCGUCCAGCGCGUCUCAUGCUGCGUGGCCCUGCUCUACCUCUCCAUGCUGGUGAACGCCAUGUGGUACGGCCGCGUGCCUUCCAAGCCGUCCGCCUCGUCAUUCAACGUUGGCCCUUUCUCGCUCAGCCCGGAACAGGUGGGCGUAGGGGUGAUGGCCAACCUGAUCGUGUUCCCGCCAACUUUCCUGAUGAUCACGCUCUUCCGGCGGUCACGCCUGCGGCGCAAGAGACCCAACAGGAUCACCGAGGCCCUUCGCCAGAAAAGAGACUCUCUGGUGGUGAGCCGUGCGUCGUCGGCGGCCGCCAAGCCAUUGGGCCGUGCCGGCAAGUCCGAGUCGACGAUGCAGCUGACAGAGACGGAGCUGAACGACGUGUUCGAGGAGCGCCCCCAGAGACGUCGCCUGCAGCAGGGCCGGCGCAAGCGCAAGGGCAAGUUCAUGUUCCCCUGGUGGUGCCGCUACGUGGCCUGGUUCCUUUGCCUGGCCUCCAUCUUCGUCUCGGUCUUCUUCAUCUGGGCCUACGGGGUCCAGUUUGGCGACGAGAAGACCCGCAAGUGGAUCACCUCGCUGCUCGUCUCCUUCUUCAUGUCCGUCCUCAUCACACAGCCCAUCAAGGUGUUCAUGCUCGCCAUCAUCUUCUCGAGCCUGUUCAAGUCUCCGGACAAGGAUGACGACGAAGCGGAAGAAGACGAAGAAGAUCCAGAGCUCCUCGAGCACGAGGAGUGGCUGCACAGCGAUGCACCGAACCACCGGCGGCGACGGCUGUACAAGCCGCAGAACAGCUGGGAACUGGACCGCGUCCGCGAAGAACGCCUCCGGGAGCUCAAGAUGGCGGCCAUCCUGCGAGAGAUUGGCAGCUACCUCUUCUUCCUGUGGAUCCUCACCGUGCUCUCGUACGGCAACAGGGACCCCAGCGCCUACUUCCUCCAGCAGAGCCUCAGGCACGAGUUCAUCGACAACGGAAAGUUCAUGGAGAUCAGCAGCGCCCAACAAUUCUGGAAGUGGUCCCGGGACGUGCUGGUACCAAACCUGAAGGCCGGCCCUUGGUACAACGGUGCCCAACCCUUCGGGCUGCGCGGAUUCCUCGGUGACCGGGUGAACCGCAUCAUGGGUUUCGCAUCGCUUAGGCAGAUACGCGCUCGGCCCCACUCGUGCCGAGUGGAGAAGCUGAUGCGCAACCUCGUGGACGAGUGUCGCGGCCAGUCGAACCUGCUGAACGAGGACAAGCGUAGCUACAAGCCGGGCUGGAAAGAACGGGCCGACCCCGACAGCCCCGUGGACGAGUGGCACCACCGUCGAGCCAAGGAGCUGAACGGGCUGCCCUUCUGGGGAAAACUUGACGUGUACGGGGGAGGUGGCUACCUGGUGCCCCUGCGAGGCCCCAACGACAAGAUCAAGGAGAAGCUCGACUAUUUGGAGAAGUCCGAUUGGAUCGACGGUGGCACCAGGGCAGUAUUCGUCGAGUUCAGUGCCUACAAUGCCCAGGUGAACUUGUUCGGCGUGGUGACGAUCGUGGCCGAGUUCCAUCCCGGAGGCGGCCUGAUCCCCAACGUUCGCAUCGACGCCAUCCGGCUGAUGCGUUACCACCAAGGCUUCGGCUUGUUCGUGCUGCUGUGUGAGCUGGUGUUCGUCGGCUUCGUCAUCUACUUCACGGUGCACGAGUUCCGCACCUUCCUCAACCUUAGGAUCGACUACUUCCGCAGCUACUGGAACAUCGCCGAACUGGUGGCGCUCGGGCUCUCCUACUCGGCCAUGUUCUUCUACAUAUCGCGCAUGGUCGUUACCAAUAAGAUACUCAAGACCUUCGAGCGCAGUCACGGGAACGGCUACGUCAAGCUACAGGUGGUGGCGGCCAUCGACGAGCUGUUCGGCUACCUGAUGUCCUUCCUGAUAUUCAUCUGUAUUCUCAAGUUCACCAAGCUGCUGCGCUUCAACAAGCGCAUCGGCAUCCUCUACAGCACUCUAGCCCAAUGCUCCAGGGACCUCAGCUCCUUCUUCGUCGUUUUCUGGGUCAUCUUCUUCGCAUUCGUGCAGGUAUUCUACAUCCUGUUGGGAACCAAGAUGGCGGAGUUCUCCACCUUUGUCACGGCCGCCGAAACGGCCUUCGACAUGGCGCGAGGUCAGUUCAAGUUCGACGACAUCGCCAUGGCCUCUCCGGUCGUGGGACCGUUCGUCUUCUUCGUCUUCGCGCUGGUCACCUCCGUCAUCCUGCUCAACAUAUUCGUGACGCUCAUCAUCAGUUCCUUCCAGUCCGUCAAAGAAGACGUCGAGAAGCAGUGCAACGACUUCGAGAUGGUCAGCUACGUGGGCAAGAAGUUCAAGGGAUUUCUGGGUCUGGCCUCGGCCGACCUCGAACCCGAGACGUCCAAGCCGCCCACCCUGGAGUCGCAGAUCAGCACCUUCCCGGAGAAAGUAGACCGACUCCUGUUCUACAUCAACGACAUGUACUUCGACGGCCGGCUUGAUCUGACGGGCAAGCGGGCUCUGCGAGCCCUGUACAAGGCACCGGAACCGACGCAGGCGCAGCAGGCGCCCUUGCAAGGGCCGAUGCUCGACUGGAUGGAAGUGUCUGACGAACCACUCGAGGAGUCGCAGAGCGCUCCGCGACGGAGGAAGAAGAAGCGCUUCUAAGGCUUUGACCAGUCUUGACCGCACUCGGAAACCUGGAGUCU